AAAAAGCUCGUGUGGCAUUCUGGCAGCGUGUGUGUCUCCCUCAGAAGGGCUGAGCCUCCUGUGUUUGGUGAAGUUCAUCAGGAAAAUUCUGUAAUCAUGGCUGGAGUGCAUCGCUUGGUUAUCGUUCGCCAUGGCGAGAGUACCUGGAACCAAGAGAACCGCUUCUGUGGCUGGUUCGACGCCGACCUUAGCGAGAAGGGCUUGAAUGAGGCCAAGUGUGGCGCUAAGGCCAUCAAAGAGGCUGGCAUGAAGUUUGAUGUGUGCUACACCUCCGUGCUUAAACGUGCCAUCAAAACCCUGUGGACCAUCCUGGAAGGCACAGACCAGAUGUGGCUGCCCGUUAUUCGCACAUGGCGCCUGAAUGAGCGCCACUACGGAGGCCUGAUUGGUCUCAACAAGGCCGAGACAGCUGAAAAACACGGUGAGGAACAGGUGAAGAUCUGGCGUCGGUCCUUUGACAUCCCACCCCCGCCCAUGGACAGCGCCCACCCUUACUACAAAAACAUCAGUGAGUCCAGACGCUACAAAGACCUGAAACCUGGUGAACUGCCCACAUGUGAGUCCCUGAAGGACACCAUCGCCCGGGCCCUGCCCUUCUGGAAUGAAGUCAUCGUUCCUCAAAUCAAAGCAGGGAAAAACGUCCUCAUUGCCGCUCACGGGAACAGCCUCCGUGGCAUCGUCAAGCACUUAGAGGAUAUGAGCGAUGCAGCCAUCAUGGAGCUGAACCUGCCGACAGGAAUCCCAAUCGUUUACGAGCUGGACGCCAAUCUGAAGCCCGUUAAGCCCAUGUCCUUCCUAGGAGAUGAGGAAACCGUAAAGAAGGCCAUGGAGGCUGUGGCCGCUCAGGGCAAAGUGAAAAAGUAAGCCUGCACCCGAGGCAGUUCUGUGAGGAAGGAAGGAAGCAGAAAAGAAACUGUUCCCCGUC